AAAACAGACGCGUGACGCAACAGCGAGGCGACUUUACCAAAUACGAAGGGGAAAAGACAAGGCGAGGCGGCGUAUUUUAGAACAGCCCACCCCAUUAAAAUUCCAAGAAAAAGAACAGAAUAAGUCAGAAUUAUACUCCAUUCAGGAAUCAUAAAGUCCUUAUUAACCUACGCCCCCGUUCCCACCUCCGCCCAUCAAAUUUAUUUUUUCUAUUCUUCGUCAUAUUUUUUUUCUAGGGCACCGCCGUUGGUUUUUCCCCUUCCUAAAUUCUGGAAAUCCGAGUGAAUUUCUUUUGCUGAAUUCUUUUUCUACUUGACGAUUGUUUGGCGUCUCUCACUGUAUCUCGUGCCGUAUAUAUGCGUUUCCGCUCUUACAUGUUCGUGUAUUGGAUAAUUGGAAUUGCAGUCGAGCCUUUGUGGAAAUUAGGGUUUCUUAUUAAUCGGUAGGGGAGAAAGAAAUUGAGAUGUUGACGGCCAACGCGGAGGAGGGAUCGUUGGGUAUAAUGGAUGAGUUGUUCAGUGUUGAUGAUCAGGGUGACGACGUUUUGCUUGAUCUUGAUUCUUUCUGGAGAGUUAUGGGAGGAGAGCCUACUGAACCUUUGCAGGAGUGUAUGUUGGAAAAUUUACCUUCUAUUGAUGUUCUACAAGGUUGGAUCUCCGAAUGUAAAAGAUGUACUCUCGCCAAGAUCUGAGUUACCAGGAUGUGGUAUACUAUCACCUUCACAUAACUCCGAAGCCUCAGAUUGUAGGACAGGAUGUUCAGAUAGCUUCUCGGAGUCUGCUGGGACUUCUUUUGGUGCUGAUGUUGAAAGGCUUGAACCUUCUUCCCAGUUUAGUUUUGCAGAGCAUAGCUACUCCAGAAGUGUAGCUGAUUCUAUACCUGUUCAGGGAGAUGGCCUUCCUUUUGCUCAUGCUGUUGGUGGUUCUCGGAUUCCCUCAUUUUACUGCCAAAGUGACAGUUGGAAAGUUCCAUUUGAGACACCCACACAGAGUGACAUGAUGUCUUCUUAUAGCGCUGAUCCUGUUAAUCAUGAUGGAGAGUCUUCAGAAGUUUGUCACAUGAACUACGAAGAAGACCUGUUUGGAAGCUCUGGGGCGGCGCCCUCUGGUUCUGAAAAUUUGUACCACAAGAAUUCUAUGGAAGACAUUCCACAUCUUCUAUCUCAAAAUGGUGAUCUGUACCUUUUAAACUCAGAUGAUCGACCUUAUUUUCCUCAUAGUGUUGGAUUUCAAUCAUUAGCUGGUAGUGGUAGGAUGGUCAAUACUCUGGAUGAAUCGAAGAACCCGGAUGAGGAUUUUAAUAGUAUGACUCCUCAUGGUGGUCUGAUUGGAAAUGAGUCACAUCACAUAGAUGGUCAAGUUGGAGUUGCCAAAUAUAAUGACAUGAAUGCAAUGAGAAAUGUGUUCUUCAGCAAAAGACAAGAUGGUAUCAAGUUCAAGGAGAAUAAUGAAUCAAUUACAUCUAAUAAUAUAGUUCGCAGAGCUUCUGAUGUAAUUGAUGACGUAUUUAGUAAGAAAUACAAUGGGGGUGCAGGUAUGUUACCUGCUACUGAAGGUAUACAGUGGUCUACAGCCAAUUCUUUGCCACCGAUCUCUAGUAAGAACUACGUUGCUCGCAUAAAGGAUGAAAAUGAAGACAGACUCAUUAAAUUAGAAAGAACUCUCCUUUCUUCAAGUAUGGUUGGUGAGCGUCCUGUAAAAGUUUCAGCUAUUGGUGCUCAUGGUUGUCAUUCUGGCAUACUGCCUCCCCGUUCAGUCAAGGCAGAAAUUAAUUCCGCAAAAAUGGAAAAUGAGGUGCUAAAGUACAAAAAAUAUUGUACUUCUAACAUACCUUAUCGAGGAAUUCAGAGCCGUCCAGUCAAGGCAGAAAUUAAUUCUCUAAAAAUGGAAAAUGAGGUGUCAGAGUACAAAAGUUAUUGUACUUCUAACAGACCAUAUCCAGGGGUUCAGAGUGACGUGUUAGAACUGAGCGAUCUUGAUGAUGAACCUGAUGUGUUUAUUCUUGAGGAUAUGAGUGCACCAGCACGCCCGAAUCCUGCAUUGAAUGGCAAGUUGGUUGGUGCUUCACCAUUUUUGGCGUCAAGAGACCCAAUGGGACAUUCAAGGAUUAAAGCAAAUGACGAACAGGUCAUAUUUCGUGUUGCAGUGCAGGAUCUUUCGCAGCCGAAAUCGGAAGCUACUCCACCAGAUGGUCUUUUGGCUGUGCCUCUGCUGAAACACCAGCGAAUUGCUUUAUCCUGGAUGGUUAACAAGGAGACUAGAAGUGCGUGCUGUUCUGGUGGGAUCCUUGCAGAUGAUCAGGGACUUGGGAAGACAGUAUCAACUAUUGCACUCAUACUCAAGGAAAGGUCUCCAUCUUCUAAAGCACCUAAAGCUAACAAAGAACAAAAUGAGGCGCAGAUGUUGAGUUUGGAUGAGGAUGAUGAAGAAUCUCUGUCCUACCAUGUGAAGGAACCUCGUGAGGAUAAUGGUGGCAAGGGUUGUCUUCAAUCUAAGGGCAGGCCAGCUGGCGGUACCCUUAUUGUAUGUCCAACAAGUGUUCUCCGCCAAUGGAAUGAAGAGUUACACACCAAAGUGACAAGUGAAGCUAAUAUCUCUGUUCUAGUUUAUCAUGGAGGCAACCGUACAAAAGAUCAUCUUGAGCUGGCCAAGUAUGAUGUGGUGAUCACAACAUAUGCUAUUGUAAGCAUGGAAGUGCCAAAGCAGCCAGUUGUUGAUGAAAAGGAUGAUCCGAUAGGUACUCCAUAUAAAGGAUUUUCAUCUAGUAAAAAGAGAAAGCUACAUGCAGAUACAAAUGGUAAAACACCCUGUACGAGUAAGAAGAGUAAGAAAGGGAUCGAUAAUGAAUUACUUGAAUCUAUAUCUGGCCCUCUUGCAAAAGUUGGAUGGUUUAGAGUUGUACUGGAUGAGGCUCAAAGUAUUAAGAACCACAGAACACAAGUUGCUAGGGCUUGCUGGGGCCUUCGUGCUAAACGUAGGUGGUGCCUAUCUGGAACACCGAUCCAGAAUGCAAUCGAUGAUCUUUAUAGCUACUUCAGAUUUCUCAGACACGAGCCAUAUGCUAUAUUUAAGACCUUCUGUGAGCAAAUAAAGGCACCAAUCCAUAGGAAUCCAAAGGAUGGGUACAAGAAGUUACAAGCUGUGCUGAAGACUAUUAUGUUACGUCGAACAAAAGGCACUUUCAUUGAUGGAGAACCGAUUAUCAAUCUUCCACCCAAAACUAUAGAACUGAAAAGAGUUGAUUUUUCCAUGGAGGAGCGUGACUUCUAUUGCAGACUCGAGGCUGAUUCGCGGGCCCAAUUUGCAGAAUACGCCGCCGCAGGAACUGUCAAACAAAAUUAUGUGAACAUAUUAUUAAUGCUUCUGCGGCUUCGACAAGCUUGUGACCACCCUCUUCUUGUUAAGGGUUUGAAUUCUAAUUCACAAAUGGCUUCCUCCAUCGCUAUAGCCAAGAAACUUCCUCGGGAGAAACACAUGUUCCUUCUGAAUUGUUUGGAAGCCUCUUUGGCAAUCUGUGGAAUUUGCAACGAUCCUCCUGAAGAUGCUGUUGUAACUGUCUGCGGACAUGUCUUUUGCAAUCAGUGCAUAUGUGAACAAUUGAUAGGUGAUGACACCCAGUGUCCCACCAAAAGUUGCAAAACCCAUAUUACCAUGUCGCACGUAUUUUCUAUAAGCACUCUACGUAUUGCUAUAUCGGAUCAGCAGACUGCCCAAAAUACCCCCGUCUGCUCUGGUUCUGAGCUUGCUUUAGUUUCCAAGUCACCUUCUAUAAAUUGCCCUCAAGGUUCUUCCAAAAUUAGAGCUGCUCUACAGCUGUUGUUGAAUUUGUCCAAGCCACAAGAUCCUGCCUUACUAACAGGUCCCAUAGAGUCCAUAGAAGGGUGUCAUAGUUCAGAAACAUCACAUGGUUGUGGUUCAAAUAGUAUUGUCAAGUUUGUGGGUGAAAAGGCAAUCGUGUUCUCUCAGUGGACGAGGAUGUUGGAUUUGCUUGAAGCUUGCUUGAAAGAUUCUUCUGUUCAGUAUCGUAGACUUGAUGGAACAAUGCCUGUUAUUGCCAGAGACAGGGCUGUGAAAGAUUUUAAUUCUCUUCCUCAGGUUACUGUCAUGAUCAUGUCUUUGAAAGCUGCUAGUCUGGGACUUAAUAUGGUAGCAGCUUGCCACGUCAUCCUCCUGGACCUUUGGUGGAACCCGACGACCGAAGACCAAGCUAUUGACAGAGCACAUCGUAUUGGACAAACGCGUCCGGUUUCAGUUUUUCGGCUAACCGUGAAGGAUACGGUAGAAGAUCGCAUUUUGGCUCUCCAGCAAAAGAAAAGAGAGAUGGUUGCAUCUGCCUUUGGAGAGGAUGGGACAGGUGGCACGCAAACUCGGCUUACAGUGGAAGACCUGAAGUAUCUAUUCAGGGCUGAUUAAACAUUUUUCUAAUGGUUGAUGGUUAAUUCUUUUUAUAUUCUUUAUAGGCUAACAAUUACAGCACUGUUUAUUUUAAGCUUUCAGAAUGUAGAUUGUUAGGGUUGAUAGGAAGUUGGUAAACCUCGGAAAGCAGCAUGAUCUUGCAGAUUGGUUUCGUACGAGUUUUCUCAACAAAGAUUUGCAUGAUACUUUUGUUUUAAUAGGGUAUAUAUAGGCAUUUAGAUGGAGGUCCUUUGCAUUAACAAAGAUAGUAAUACCGAUUACUUAAAUUAUUUUUGAUUUGAUUGUAAAUGUUACCUGCCACCUGGUCUCUUAUCGACAUUUUUGUAGUCCUUUUUUGUUAAUAUUAAUAUAUUCGUUUUCCACGGGGCGAUGGCGA